GCAUGCCCACGGCCGCCGCGGCCACAUACGUGAGGACGGUCUUGUUCCGCCGCCGCCAAUCCUCCUCCUGUGCGCGCGUGAAGGGGUUCGUGCUCUUCGGCCGCCGCGGCGGCUGCACCGCCAAGCUCGGGCGCCUCCAUGUCCCGAGCCGUCUCAGCUCCCUCUCAGCACCCCCUGUCCCGCUCCUCCCCGACCUGAGACAAGACUCUACCCUCUCCGCAGCCCUGGUCGGGUUCCCAGGGUGGUUCCAGGGCCACCCGCAGAAAGCCACGGGCCUCCAUCCCGUACGCCAGAGCCCUCCCAUGGCACGGAAAGAACGCCGGCCUGUCAGAGGCCAGAGGCCAGAUCUCGCGAGGCCUGCUCUGUCUCGCGAUCUCUGGGUUGAGCCAGCCGCUGCCUUGGCUACGGGGCUCCUCAGGUGGCGGCGUUUGUAGUGGGGCUACGGGGGCUGGGUUGCCGGGAAAGUAUUUAAGAAGCUCAUGGAGUAAUAUGAGUCAGAGUAAUAUAGGAUCUGCAGGAAGUCCCUCAAGAUAGUUGGUGAAAAGAAAAGAAGAAUUUAUAGACUCUUCGUCAAGAUCUUCAUUUAUACAGCUGUUAAAUCCAAGGCUACAGUGGUAGUGAAACCAUGAAUAAAAAUACAUCUGCUGUAGUAUCAUCCGGGCUACUUGAAAAGGAUCCUGCCUUUCAGAUGAUUACAGUUACCAAGGAGACAGGCCUUGGUCUGAAGAUCCUAGGAGGAAUUAACCGGAAUGAAGGUCCCUUGGUAUAUAUUCAGGAAAUCAUUCCUGGAGGAGACUGUUAUAAGGAUGGACGUUUGAAGCCAGGAGAUCAACUUGUCUCAAUAAACAAGGAGUCUAUGAUUGGUGUAUCAUUUGAAGAAGCAAAAAGCAUAAUUACCAGAGCCAAGUUGAGGUCAGAAUCUGCUUGGGAGAUAGCAUUCAUAAGACAGAAAUCUCACAGCAGUCAUUUAGAAAAUCCAUCGUGUUCAUCCCUUUUACAAGCUACAGGAGAAUAUGGACCUCAAGCCUCAAAAUUUAGUCUUCUUUCUUCUCCCCCUGAAAUACUAAUUCCAAAGACCUCAUCCACUCCCAAAUCUACAGAUGCCAUUUUACCUUCUUUUACGAUAAAUCAGAUAAAAACUGGAUACAAGAAAACAGAACAGAUUCCAAUUACUUCUUCAGACAACAGCCCUACAGAUAUGCCUAAUACAGAUAUUGCCCCUGCCUUGACUGAUAAUUAUGGACCACAAGGAAAGAAGAUUUCCCUAAAUCCCUCUGUUCGCCUUAAAGUAGAGAAACUGGAAAUGGCUCUAAAUUAUCUUGGUAUUCAGCCCACAAAGGAACAACACCAAGCCCUGAGACAGCAAGUGCAAGUAGACCCAAAGGGGACAGUGUCUUUUGGAGAUUUUGUCCAGGUUGCCAGAAACUUGUUUUGCUUGCAUUUGGGUGAAGCAAAUGUUGGUGCACAUGAAAUUUCCAACAUAUUAGACUCACAGCUUCUUCCCUGUGAUUCCUUAGAAGCAGAUGAAAUGGAAAGGCUUAAGCAUGAAAGAAAUGAUGCCUUGGAAGAAGUGAAUACACUUAAGGAAAAAUUAUUUGAAUCGGAAAGGCAAAGGAAACAAUUGACAGAAGAACUCCAGAAUGUGAAACAAGAAGCCAAAGCUGUGGUCGAAGAAACAAGAGCCCUGCGAAGUCGGCUUCAUCUUGCCGAAGCUGCACAGAGACAGGCACACGGAAUGGAAAUGGAUUAUGAAGAAGUGAUCCGUCUGUUAGAGGCCGAGAUUACAGAGCUGAAGGCUCAGCUUGCUGAUUAUUCUGACCAAAAUAAAGAAAGUGUUCAGGAGUUAAGAAAGCGAAUCACAGUACUUGACUGCCAAUUGCGAAAAUCAGAAAUGGCUCGAAAAACUUUUGAGGCAUCCACUGAAAAGCUUCUUCAUUUUGUAGAGGCUAUUCAAGAAGUGUUUUGUGAUAAUCCUCUUCCUUUGUCAAAUUUAAGUGAAAGAAGAGCUAUGUUAGCUUCCCAGACGUCCCUCACACCACUGGGAAGGAGUGGACGUAACAUCCCAGCAACGCUGGCACUUGAAUCUAAGGAACUUGUUAAAUCUGUCCGUGCCAUACUUGAUAUGGAUUGUCUACCUUACGGGUGGGAGGAAGCUUACACAGCAGAUGGAAUCAAGUACUUCAUCAAUCACGUAACACAGACUACAUCCUGGAUGCAUCCCGUCAUGAGCGCACUGACCCUGUCCUGCUCAGAGGAGAAUGAAGAGGAUUGCUCCAGAGAACUUCCUGACCAGAAGAAUUGAUGGUUUUCUGCGGGAAGCUGCGGUCCAUGGUCUUCUGGCAUCUCCGUCGACGUGGAGGACUCUGAGACGCGACAUCUAAAAUAGGAGUAAAACACACACUACUUAGUGAAGUUGUGAAAUGGAGACUGGAUUUAAGCUAUUUUUGUAAAACUUUUUGAUAUAACUGUAUACAUUUACAAAAUUAAUUGCCACUACAGUAGUUCUUUAGGAAUAAUCUAGUCCUGUUUUUGAAAUCAUAUG